AAAUCAAUAUUGUUCACAAAAAUUUGAAACAAGCAAAAAAGUAUACGAUUUCCAAAACAUAACGCAGUUUUCUUGUGAAUGAAAUAUCUUAAGUGAUACGCUAAGUUUUUCUAAAUAAAUUAUAUUAUUGAGUAUAACAGUUCUCGAAAGGUAUUUUUCAUAAAAAGUCACCAAGUUACGACGCAAAACUUAACUAUGAAACCCUCAAUAGACAUAGACGCGCUCCGCACAGAGCAUGAGUCAGAUGAGCAGUGGGAAGUACGACGAAGCUUCAUGCAGGAACAUAAGGAGGAUUUUGACGAAGAGGAACUUAUUACGUUGGCGCAACUCUUUACAAAUAUCGAAUUUUUGGGUUGCAGGUACCCAGCUCAAACGAUGAAGAGGAUAGCCAAGUUGGCUGAAAAAGUCUCCGCGAAAUACAAGGAGAGCAGAAAGAAUAAAUUGAAGCGUACAUUCGUUGAAGCGAGCGAUGCAGCUGAAGCUAAAGCAAAAAGAACUUUUAAAUAAUUGUAGAGAAUACUUAACAAUAAAAUUAUCUGUAAAUUUAUUAAUCUGUUCUCAUUGUAAAUUUAUUCAAUCCUUGGUUAUGAAAAAUAAAAUAAAUUAACUAUU